AUGGGGUGCUGCAGCGGCCGAUGCACGCUCAUCUUUCUUUGCACGAUCCAGCUGUUGGUGGCAUUGGAGAGACAGGUGUUUGACUUCCUGGGGUACCAGUGGGCGCCCAUCCUGGCCAACUUCUUCCACAUCAUCAUCGUCAUCCUCGGCCUCUUCGGCACCAUACAAUACCGACCACGCUACAUUGUAGUGUACACAGUGUGGAUGGCUCUCUGGGUGGCCUGGAAUGUCUUCAUCAUUUGUUACUACCUGGAUGUGGGAGACUUGACCAAGGACAGUGACCUGCUGACGUUUAACAUCUCGGCUCACCACUCGUGGUGGAGUGAACACGGUCCAGGGUGUGUGAGGAGAGAGAUGACCCAGCCAGGGGUGGGGACCGUGGACAGCCAGUCCUACAUCUCUGUCAUGGGCUGUCUCAUGGAGUACCAGUACAUAGAGGUCCUACACAGUGGAACACAGAUCCUCAUCGCUCUCCUGGGCUUCGUGUAUGCCUGUUACGUCGUCAGCGCCAUCACUGAAGAGGAAGACAGCUUUGAUUUUGUUGGUGGAUUUGACCCCUUCCCCCUCUACCAUGUCAAUGAGAAACCAUCCCAUCUCCUCUUAAAGCCCAUGUAUCUGUAA